GAUCUUCAUCAUCAAAAAUUUACAACAGUCAGUUUUUCCCUUUUGUUUCUUAAUAAUUGCAGUGGCACCAGCAGAGACCAUGUCUCCAUCCUUUAACACUGAGCGUGACGGCCAGGCGCUUGAGGCCAUCACAGAUGACAUCCAAGAAGUCAAUGUGCUUAAGGCUGCGCUCAAAGUGAAGCAAGGAACUGCGACCGAUGAAGAAAUCAAUAUCUAUGAAAAAUCACAAUUCGAUGCUGAGAAAGACAAGGCCAAAUUUCGAAUGUAUGAAGACGCAUGUGACCGGGUCAAGAAUUUUUAUCGUGAACAGCACGAGAAGCAAACUGUUGCCUACAACCUGAAAGCCCGCAAUGACUUCAAAUCAAAGACUCGAGCAGAAAUGUCCAUCUGGGAGGCCAUGGAGAGACUGAAUACUUUGAUUGAUGAGUCCGACCCAGACACGUCCUUGAGUCAGAUUGAGCAUCUGCUUCAAACAGCCGAAAGCAUCCGCAAGGAUCGCAAACCUCGGUGGAUGCAGUUGACAGGCUUGAUUCAUGACCUCGGCAAGCUGCUCUUCUUCUUUGAUGCACAAGGUCAAUGGGACGUUGUCGGCGACACAUUUCCCGUCGGCUGUGCCUUUGACAAGCGUAUCAUUUAUCCGGAUACGUUCAAAAACAACCCUGACUACAACCACGAAAUUUAUGGUACCAAGUAUGGUAUCUACUCUCCUCGCUGCGGCUUGGACAAUGUCAUGCUCUCGUGGGGACAUGACGAGUAUCUAUACCACGUGGUCAAAGACCAGUCGACACUCCCUGACGAGGCUCUCGCCAUGAUCAGAUACCAUUCCUUCUACCCAUGGCAUGCAGCGGGCGCAUACCACGACUUGAUGGAUGAGCAUGACAAGAAAAUGCUAGAGGCCGUCAAAGCUUUCAACCCGUACGAUCUUUACAGUAAGAGCGAUGACGUGCCGAAAGUGGAGGAGCUCAAACCCUAUUACCUUGAGCUGAUUGAUGAGUACUUUCCGAAUAGGGUAAUUAAAUGGUAGAUGGAGAUGAAAUGGAGAAAACGACAAAGAUGAGCACAUUAUGAUAUUUUAAUGAUACGGGUCCAAACGGAAAAGGACAGGAACGCAAUUUUGGGCGACGACGUUUAUUGCACGUGGCAUUCCAGCAUAUGAUCUACAUUCUAUAUAUGAUUUAUUUAUUUUUUUUCAUACUCAUUCAUUUGUUAUAUCCCGCAGUUGUUUUUAUUAUAUACCUAAGGUUUUAAAAUUCUUGUCAAACCCUCGCAUCCGCAAGACGCAAUCGCAUACACUACGGAUUAGGGAGUCCGGGGAAACUACCCCGCAAAAAUGGAUUGGCCAGUGCACGGG